AUGUGGGGGUGCAUGAGACAUAGAUUGUUGCUGAUGGUCAAGAUCGGUGCUGGGGCGCUUUUGCAUGGGUACAACGCAUUUUGCACACAGUUUCAAUUGCAUUCUUUUCUUUUGGUUGGAACACCAGUUUUAGGAUGGGUCCCAUAUUUAAUUGACCUUGAGUCAUGGAGUUGGCCGCUGCUUGUAGGGCACUUCUAUUUUGAAAGUGAUGCUCCACUGUCUGACACUGACAGAACCGUGCUUUCGAUUGUGCUGCUCCUGGUCCUUUGGGGACAGCUCCUCUGGUUCUCUAAUUGCAGUUCGUGUGGCAUGCAAACAACUGUAUUUGGGCAGCAGUCAGGAUUGCUUGUUUCUGUGUCAAUGAGGUCCCUGCGGGUCAUAAAUAUGAGGGCCUCACAAUAA